GCGGUUAGGCGCGUCGUGGGCGUGGCAUGUGUCGCGGGCAGACGGCGCGGGCCCCGGCCCGCUAGCGCUCGCGAGGCCGCGGUCGCCAUGCGCGCACGCAUUGCAGCCGCGCACCUCGCCCUGCUCGUGCUGGCACACCUGCCUCCACCAGGCGUGUGCGACGUGGCGGGCGGGGCGGGUUCUGUAAACGCGCUGCCAGCGGGAGGCGCGGGCGCAGGGCGGCUGGCGCCCUCAUUCGACGCCGCUACGCCGCGCAACGUUACAGCGCUCGUGGGCAAGUCCGCCUAUCUCAGCUGCCGCGUACGCAACCUCGGCAAUAGAACGGUAUCGUGGAUCCGACACCGCGACUUGCACAUCCUGACGGUGGGCGGGUACACGUACACGUCCGACCAACGGUUCCAAGCGGUGCACUCGCCGCACACUGACGACUGGACGCUGCACGUCAAGUGGGCGCAGCAGCGCGACGCCGGCGUCUACGAGUGCCAGGUCUCCACGCAGCCCGUACGCUCGUUCUUCGUCACGCUGCACGUUGUUGUGCCAUCGGCGCGCAUUCUCGGCGGGCCGGACCUGCACGUGGACAUAGGGUCCACUAUCAACCUCACCUGCCUCAUCCAGUUCAGUCCCGAGCCGCCUGCCUACAUCUUCUGGUACCACGAGGACGAGGUGAUAUCGUACGACUCAUCCCGCGGCGGCGUGUCGGUGGUGACGGAGAAGGGCGCGGCCACCACCAGUUACCUGCUGGUGCAGGACGCGGCGCCGCACGACUCCGGUCGCUACUCCUGCUCGCCCUCCAACGCAGAGGUCGCCUCCGUGCGCGUACACGUCCUCAAUGGCGAGCGGCCGGCGGCGAUGCAGACGGGCUCCGCGGGGCUGUCGAACAGCUCGUGCUGCAUCCUGGCGCUGUUGUUCGCGUCGGCGCUGCACGCGCGCCUGCUCGCCGCGCUGCUCGCCAGCUGAUCGCCGCCUCUCGCGUAGUUUGUUUCGGCACCGAGGACUCUUCGCGGUGACGCGCGACUAGGGAACGCUCCACAUUCCUUGCACGGGACUUUGCCUUUACGAUUUACACGAGAUUGCGAUAUCACUUGCUGUAUCUCCGGCCAAGGAAGCCGGAGUAAGUUGAGUGGGUUGUGUUGAGUUUACGCUCCGUGCGCACGCGACGACCGCGAACCGUCGUGACUUCGCGAAACACGUGCGAGGGUAUCGAGCCCAAUAAAUUUUACGAAGUUUUUUGUCUAAAUAAAUCUUUAAGCGAAAACGUAGUUUUCGGCGAGUAAAUGAAACUAAUAUAAAAAGGUUAGACACGUAAUUGUAAGAUUUUUAUGAGAAGCUAAUAAUAAUAUAUAGUAGCGUCAAAUCACUGUGAUUAAUGUCUCACGCCCCGCCCCCGUCGUCCGCACUCCCCGCGCCUCAUCCUUCGUCUAAUCGUGUCAUUUUGUCCCGAAGAUAUGGUGAAGGUCGUGGUGACCUGUCGCCGGCGGCGACCUCUGCUUCUGCUGCAUUCGCUUCAUGUGUCACGUAAAAGUAAACCAUCAUUCCUGCGCUUUUCGUUGGCCGAGAUCCAUCCCAAAUCUACCUGCGCCCCCUCGCUGACCCCGCACCCGCAGUCCCCUGUAAAUAACAGCUUCCUCUUCUACGUUUCGAUAGAGUCACCAUUCAUAAGUUAAGUCGAGACGGGCUCCAAGUUUUUCUCCUCGGAGAUUGUAAAUACUUAAUACGAUAAAUGUUAAAAUGAUGAGAUUUAUAAUUACGUUACAUGAAUGCGAGAUGUUUGUCCGAGUAGUAUACAGAGAGAAUGCGACGUUUGUUUAUGAUGUUUAUAUAUUGACACGAACUAGCACAAAAAUUCAAAUGUUUAUUUAUGUUUAAUAUAAUUCCUUAUCAUUGUUUAAUGGAAACUAUGUUUAAUUCCAACAUCUGUUAACUCCAGCGCAACGCGUUUAAGCGUAUUAUUUAUUUGUAUUCGUUAUAUUUAUUCACAUCGGCGAUAAGGUGACAACAACAUACCAUUAUCGAAAUAUCUACAAACACACGAUGAUUGCGCAAGAAUUUAAAAAACCUGUCAUGAGUUUACAAAAAACAUAAAUAAUUUACAAAAUUUAAUUUAUUUAAUGUAAAAUACCAAACUGAAUAGUUAAGAGAUUUUGUCACUUCAUCGUCAUGUGCACUGAACAGUGAAUGGAAUUAAAUGGAAUUUUGUAAUUUCCACUUUAUAGAUUAAUUGGUUGAUAUAAGACGGUCGGAAGAUCCUAAUUUUAUUGCAAACAGCUACUUUUACCUGACGAACAUACGUUUGGAGUGUAAUUGUUAAUAUCAAAAUAACCCAAAGA